AGUAUGAUCACAGUAACGUUUCCAUCUUCUUUUCCUUCUUCGAUACGCUUUCGCUGCGCAUUUCAAUUCCUUCCCCGUCGUUCCGCUCUCUGCUUCUCCGGUUUGUCAGAGAAUAUGGAUUGUGGUGGUGGUUCAUAUAUGUUUCCAUUGCAUCGUUGCAAAACCAUUCACCUGGUCAGGCAUGGACAGGGGAUCCACAACGUAGAGGGAGAUAAGAACUACAAAGCAUACAUGAACCCUGAGUAUUUUGAUGCACAUCUUACUCCAUUAGGCUGGCAACAGGUUGACAAUUUGCGUGAGCAUGUUCAUGCUUCUGGGCUUAUGAAGAGGAUUGAUCUUGUCAUAGCAUCUCCUUUAUUGAGGACUUUACAAACUGCUGUUGGGGUGUUUGGAGGUGAGGGCUACACAGAUAGAGCAGAUUUCCUAUGUCUUAUGGUGGAAAAUGCAGGAAACAGUAGUUGUGCUGCAAUUUCAAGUCUGAAUUACCCACCAAUUGUUGCUGUUGAACUUUGUCGGGAACAUUUGGGAGUUCAUCCCUGUGACAAAAGAAGAAGCAUCAGCGAGUAUCAAUAUCUAUUUCCUGCAAUUGAUUUUUCACUGAUAGAUAGUAAUGAUGAUACUUGGUGGAAGGCCGAUGUUAGAGAGACAAAGGAAGAGCUUGCAGCCAGAGGAAUGAAGUUCAUGAAAUGGUUGUGGACACGAGAAGAGAAGGAGAUAGCAAUUGUGACACACAAAGCAUUUUUGUUUCAUACUCUAAGUGCAUUUGGAAAUUAUAGCCAUCCCUUGGUGAAGAAAGAUUUAUCCAAGCUCUUCGCCAACUGUGAGCUACGUUCCGUGGUCAUUGUUGAUUGUGUGACAGGAUUGUAAUCAACCACUAAUACUCCAGGCAAGAUACCUCCAGGGAUGGACGUCUACUGAUGUUGCGCAUGAGAACGCUGAGAAAAAGGGUA